GGGCUGCUGCCACCUGGCUUGGGGAGGGGGUUAAGGCCCUGAGGGCAGCAGAGGAGUGGGGAUGGACAUGGGGGAAAGAGAAGGGCGGGUGGCAGUUCCCUGCCCGGUAUAGAAGAUGGUGCGGUGGGGAGGAAUUGAGGAACACACAGGAUGUGCGGCCAGGCUGACUCGGAGAAGCCUGGUGGCCAGUGAGAGGGAAGGUGAGAGGCAAGUUAGAAGAGAGAGCCAGUUUAGGGAGGAAGAUAAUGAGUUUAGGUUCAGAAGCAUUUAGAAGUAUUCAACUGAAGGACAGCUAGGCUUAAGCAGUUGAAGGUGAGCAUCUGUAGCCCAAAGGAGAGAUCAGGACUUAGGGUCACUUGCUGACCCAGAAGAAAAUGGCAGGAAGGUUCUGAGUCUUAGGAGAUACUUUUCUUUACAAGGUGAGGGAAAGAUGAGGAUUCAAAGAAGCCACCAGAGAGGUAGAAGAAAUGCCAAUAUUCCACAGUGCAUCAGUCAGGGAGAGCUAGCUGCUGUAACAAAAAAGCCCAAUAUGAGUUCAUUUCUCCCUCCUGAAGGCUGGUGAGGAAGCUCUGCUCCACACGGUCAACCAGGGAUGUAGGUUCCUUCUAACUAGUGGCUCUAUUAUCUUCUACAGCAUCAGAGCCCUCCACUGGAUCUACACCUGGGCAGCAAAUGAGGAGAGAGAACAUUGAAGGUGGCACAAGAGAAUGGGUUCCAGGUGGGCUCCUUGGGUGUUGAUUCUGUUAGUGGAUCUAAUCAGGCUGGAUUCCUCCAUGGCCCGAGGCAGAGUCUCUCCAGAAGAUUUUGUGAUUCAGGCAAAGGCUGACUGUUACUUCACCAAUGGGACUGAAAAGGUGCAGUUUGUGGUGCGAUUCAUUUUUAACUUGGAGGAGUAUGCACAUUUUGACAGCAGUGUGGGAAUGUUUGUGGCAUUGACGGAGCUGGGAAAGCCUGAUGCCGAGUUGUGGAAUAACCGGUCAGAUAUAUUGGAGAGGUGCAGAGCUUCUGUGGAUGCCCUCUGCAGGCAUAACUACCGGCUGGGCGCCCCCUUCACUGUGGAGAGAAAAGUACAACCAGAGGUGACUGUGUAUCCCGAGAGGACCCCAUCCCUGCAGCACCGCAAUCUGCUGCUCUGCUCUGCGACAGGUUUCUAUCCAGGAGACAUCACCAUCAGGUGGCUCCGGAACGGGCAGGAGGAGAGCGCCGGGGUCAUGUCCCCUGGCCUUAUCAGGAAUGGAGACUGGACCUUUCAGACAGUGGUGAUGCUGGAAAUGACGCUUGAACUCAGAGAUGUCUACACCUGUGUUGUUGACCAUCCCAGCCUACUGAGCCCUAUUUCUGUGGAGUGGAGAGCUCAGUCUGAACAUUCUUGGGGAAAGAUGCUAAGUGGAGCUGCAGCCUUCCUGCUCGGGCUGAUCUUCCUUCUGGUGGGACUCGUCAUCUGCGCCAGGGCUCAGACAGGAUAUGUGGAGACUCAGUUGUCUAGGGAUGAGCAGGUUACAAGAGCAGGUCCCCCACCGCUGCUGUGCUGAGGUCCUAACUGAAGCUUCUUCUCCUGGACCUUGAAGUAGCACCUGGGUCCUAGGCUAAGUAAAGGACAUUCAGAGGUCAGUGUUCCAGAGUGACUUUGCCAUGAGGCCUUGGAGGAGUUCUGAGUUUUCUAGAGUUUUGUGUCCUGAGAUCAUGCAUCACUCACCCUUCUGCCCUCCUUCCUCCUACUCAUAUAGGUCAUAGUCCCCACAUCCAAGGACAUUGUGCAGAAAUUCCCCUAAGCCUGAACUCCUUCCUGUCCCAAGUGGUGCACUUUCUAUGGUCCAGCCCCAACCCAUAAACCAUUAUCCCCGUGUCUUUCUCUUGACCAACUGCAAUCUCCACCAUCUUCAGAAGACAAAUGCUCAGAUGGUCACUGUUUCCUUUUCACUGUUUUUUGGAACCUUUUUUAUUGUAAGAUAAAAUGGAGAUACAGAUAACCACAAAAAAAAUGUUUAAUUUAAUGAAUUAUUUAAGGCAAAACCUUUAUAAUCACCACUCGGGUCAAGAACUAGAGCUCUGCCAGCCACCGCAGAAGCCUCCAUGGGCCUCAGGACACAUGUUCGGAAAUUUUACUGGGAUGUAUCUUGGUUUUAGUUGUGUGGGUUGAGUUUCUCAAAUAAACUAUGUUCUCUUUCAAUUUGUUGUCCAAGUCUUU